AGGGGCUCAAUACCACUUCCUCCCAGACAGGGGUAGCUGGAGAUAGAGACACAAGUACAGCCUUCCUGUGUGACUUCAGCUGCCCAGAAAGCAUCAUGGACCUGGGCAAACCCAUGAAAAACGUGCUGGUGGUGGCUCUCCUUGUCAUAUUCCAGGUGUGCUUCUGCCAAGAUGAAGUCACAGAUGACUACAUUGGUGAGAACACCACAGUGGACUAUACCCUGUACGAGUCGGUGUGUUUCAAGAAAGACGUGCGGAACUUUAAGGCCUGGUUCCUCCCUAUCAUGUAUUCAGUCAUUUGCUUCGUGGGCCUGAUGGGCAACGGGCUGGUGGUGUUGACCUACAUCUAUUUCAAGAGGCUCAAGACCAUGACGGACACCUACCUGCUCAACCUGGCCGUGGCCGACAUCCUCUUCCUCCUGAUCCUCCCCUUCUGGGCCUAUAGUGCAGCCAAGUCCUGGAUCUUUGGGGUCUACCUGUGCAAAUGCAUCUUUGGUAUCUAUAAAGUGAGCUUCUUCAGCGGCAUGCUCCUGCUCCUGUGCAUCAGCAUUGACCGCUACGUGGCCAUCGUCCAGGCCGUGUCAGCCCACCGCCACCGCGCCCGCGUGCUCCUCAUCAGCAAACUGUCCUGCGUUUGUAUCUGGGUGCUGGCCCUAUUGCUUUCCACCCCGGAGCUGCUCUACAGCGGCCUCCAGAAGAGCUACAGCGAGGACACGUGGAGAUGCUCGCUCAUCACUGACCACGUGGAGGCCUUGAUCACCAUCCAAGUGGCCCAGAUGGUCAUUGGCUUUUUAGUGCCUCUGCUGGCCAUGAGCUUCUGCUACCUCGUCAUCAUCCGCACCCUGCUCCAGGCACGGAACUUUGAGCGGAACAAGGCCAUCAAGGUGAUCAUCGCUGUCGUGGUGGUGUUCAUUGUCUUCCAGGCGCCCUACAACGGUGUGGUCCUGGCCCAGACAGUGGCCAAUUUCAACAUCACCAACAGCAGCUGUGAGCUCAGCAAGCAACUCAACAUCGCCUAUGACGUCACCUACAGCCUGGCCUGUGUCCGCUGCUGCGUCAACCCUUUCUUGUACGCCUUCAUCGGGGUCAAGUUCCGCAGUGACCUCUUCAAGCUCUUCAAGGACCUGGGCUGCCUCAGCCAGGAGCAGCUCCGGCAGUGGUCUUCCUGCCGGCACGUGCGACACACUUCCAUGAGCAUGGAGGCCGAGACCACCACCACCUUCUCCCCAUAGGGGCUCCCCUGCUCGGACUACGAGGAACUCUCCCAGGGGCCCUACAAUGGGGAUUGGGAGCAUAUGCAAGGACUCAGGACCCACCAAAGAGCUGCUGAGGGAAGAGCAGGUCUGGCCAGUCAGGUUGACCUCAGGGCCUAAGAAACCGCUACCCAUGCUACCUCAACCAAGGCUGGAAGAGACUCCGCUGAGAAAUUAUUACCCAAACCAGGACAGCUGUCCCUAAACUGACAGACGAAAGUAAGAUUUGAGAGGCCAUCGAACCUUCUGGAGAGAAGGGUGUGGGGCUGGUGGACACCCUGGUGGUGGGAAUGGACCAGUGAGACCUCUGCAGGAACCCUCUUCUAAGCCUAGCAAGAAGUCCCGUGGAUUCAAGGACAAAGGUCACUUAUUCCAGAAACCCAGGUUUUGUCCCCCCAAAGCCAAGCUGGAGGAAUCACUUCCUGGCUGGUGGAGGGAAGGGGAGCCAUGGACUGGUCUGAUUAACUCUGACUGAGCUCCCUUCUUCCAGCCUCCUUCUCCAUGGUCACCAAGCCAGCAAGAGACAGUGGUCUCCAUGCUCCCUCAGAACACUGCUGCCCCUCCCUUCUGCCCCUCCUCAGUUCUCCCCAGGGAGGGGGUGGUGUUUCCUGCCGGCCAGGCUGCAUCAUCAGCCUGAACGCAGUCCCAGCUGGGGCUCUGGAUGGCCACACGGACAAGUGGUCAGGGCCUCUCCUCUAGGGUGGGAGGAAAAAGCUGGGAGAAGGGUCAGGGGCAAGAAGGAAGGUGGCCCUGCUGGCUGACAAAGGCCGGCAAGCUGCUUCUUUAUUCUCUGUCAGCAACAGAAACCUUCUCCUCAUGUUCUGCUUUCGAUUUAUAAGAGCACACAUUUUACUCAGACACAAAUAAAAAUUUUCCCUUGAGGAAACAGCAAUUUUAAAA